AUGUGGAUUUACAAUCCAAGAGAGGACAUUGAGUUUGAGAAAGGGAUACUAUUUACCAAUGUGGAUGCAUUUAGAGCAUUGUUGAAGGACUAUGCUAUUCAGAAAGGAUUUCCAUUGGUGAGGUUGAAAAAUGAAAAGAGCAAAUGCACUGUCAAGUGUGGUGCUGAGGGGUGUAAUUGGAGGAUUCAUGCAUCCCCAGUUGGUGAUACAACCACAUUCAUGGUUAAGACAUAUACACCUGAGCAUACGUGUGUCAUGAAUAGGAAAAAUUCAGAAGCAACAUCAGAUUGGAUUGCAAAGAAGUUAAUUUCUGCUAUGAGAGAUCACCCAGAGAUGACAAGCAAGGGAGUAAAGGCUGAAAUGCAGAAGCAUGGAGUCUUGCCAAGUAGAAUGCAAAUUUACAGGGUAAAAAAGAAAGCCUUGAAACAGAUAGAAGGAUCACACAGUGAGGCCUAUGGAAAAUUACCAAAAUAUGCUGAACUGUUGAGGAUGCACAACCCAGGAAACAUCAUGAAAAUUCAUUAUGAUAGGACAAACGUUCUGGUAGAGCCUAAAUUUCUAAGAUUGUUUGUCUCUUUCAAGGCACAAAAAGAUGGUUUCCUGGCAGGUUGCAGGCCAUUUAUUGGCUUUAAUGGCUACCAUUUGAAAGGUGCAUUUGGGGGCAUUCUGUUGACUGUUGUUGCUCUUGAUAGGAACAAUAGUGUGUUUCCAUUAGCUUUUGCUGUUGUAGAGUGUGAAAACAGGGAAGCCUGGAGUUGGUUUUUUUUUUAUUAUUUCCAGAAAUUCUUUGGACCAUUUCCAGCCAAUAUUCCACUCACCUUCAUGAGUGAUAGACAAAAGGGACUCAACCUUGCUUAUGAGGAACAAGUGCCUGAAGCUGCUGCACGAUAUUGCUGUUGGCACAUCUACUGCAACUUCAAAGUCAAAUUUCCAGGAUUGCUGCUAAGGAGAUUUUUUUGGCAAGCAGCUAAAAGUUAUGAUUUGAUAGGACACAAUGAGGCUAUGGAAAGAAUAAAAAAUAUUAACAUUGAUGCUUGGAGAUACUUAGCAAACAUUCCUAAGUGUAAUUGGGCAAGGCAUGCAUUUUCUGUUGAAAUUAAGUGUGAUCAUGUCACCAAUAAUUUCACAGAAUCUUUUAAUGCAUGGGUUGGAGAACUGAGAGGGAAGAAUAUACUUGCUCUGGCUGAAGGACUGAGGCAAAAAUUCAUGAAAAAAACUGCAUAA